GUGACUUUAAAAAUACAUGUAUGAUCUUCGUUCUCUCCUCCAUUCUUCACUUUUCCAGAUUUCAAACACUGUUAGAUCUGGGAGCUGAAACACUAGCUGAAAGCCCGCCAUGCCUCUGUUUCGGGCUUUGGAUGAACAGGCAGAGGCAAAGGCUCGGCCCAGGCGGAGGGGUCUGAGGAACACCAAGGGCACUGGAAGCUGCUGGAGGAUGCGUGACGAUGAUCCGGUCCUUUCUCUGACACGCCUCUGCCUGUUGAGCCUCGCUGACAACAUGAAGGACCUGUGGGUGAAAGACUAUGCUGACAACUAUCUUGAUCAUUAUUCAUUCAGAUACAUCAUGGGGCCUUUCAACCUACUACCUGGUGAGCUGGUGGAGGAGUUGACGUGGCUGCUGUCCAAUAGAAAGCAGCUGUCUCGCGCAGCGCUCCACCUCCUGCUGGUCCCCCACCUCCAGGGUCUGUCUCUAGAGAGGUGUCCUGGCCUUGUGACUCCGGCAUUGUGUGCUCACAUUGCUGCCCGUUGCCAGGGUCUGCGGAGACUGGACCUAUCUGGAGCACAGCAGCUACCUCCAAAGGCCCUCUGUGAAACCAUGUCCAGUCUGCCUGCUGUGCGGUCGCUGUCCUUGGCCGGCAUGCCCUGUGACAGGAGUGUGAUCCAAACGGUUGCCCGCCACUGCCGUUUGCUGCAGCACCUCGACGUGUCCCGCUGUCACCUCCUCUCCCCGGCUGCUCUGCUUCCUCUCGGUAGUGUGGUUUUGAAUCCAUCCUCGUCCUCAUUUUCUUCAACCUCAUCUCCUCUCCCGCUGAGCAGCCUGUUGGCUCUGGAUAUUGGGUUUGGGGAACAGGAAGGAGACUCUACCGUGGCAGCAGCCUAUCUCCUUCUCUCUCUGCCCUGUUUGAAAAGAGUGGCCUUGGAGGGCCUUGGACAGGCCUGCCGUCUCAUUGAGCAGAGGGAAUUCAGCCAGGCAGAUGAAUUUGCUGACAGGGAAGGUGUUUCCAGCCUGCACCUGGUGUGGAAGGAAAGGAUGCUCGGGCACAGCUCGGAAAGUUGGAUGACGAUGAGAGGGGAAGAAUCUAGUGAUAAUGGGGAGGUGGAGAGCCCAUUAUUGGAAGAGGAUGGCUGUGGCUGUGAGGAAGAUUUAAUCAAAGACGACUGGCCUUUAUGCUUACAAAUCCAAACAGAGGAUAGGAUGCAGAAUUUGUCCAAGUCAGGCCUGAUCCUGCAGCUUCAAGACGUUAAAGGUGUAACCUGUGAGUCUCUGGGGAGUUUAGGAAAUUUGUGUCCAGGUUUAAACUCUUUAUCCAUGAACAUAGGCAAACAGGGGCCACUAUUAACUGCUGGUCUCCAGACGUGGGCAGGCCAACUGCGCAAUCUUUCAUUUAUUUACUCUGGCCCACUGGUAGAUCUUCUUCCUGCCUUGCAAGUCGCAGGUUGCUCACUGACCUCUCUGACGUUGGAGGGGGUGAAAACCAGCCCUGACACUCCACUACUAGAGCUCAUCAGAGUCUGUCCCAGACUCAGAGACCUCCUUAUCUCUGCUGAGCCUCCUGCUACACCACAGAGCGAAACCAAUGACAAUCACCAGGAUGAUCAAGAUCUCCCGAGGCUGCCAAAUCUCCGCUCUCUCAAGCUCAGUUUCUCCUAUGAGCACAACCAAAUGAAGCCCUUGAUGUCCUGGAUGUCCCUAACGGAAGUGAUCAGGUGUCUCCUGAUUGGCUCACCUUUACUCGAGAAUCUCUCUUUGAUCUCCUUGCCGUGCCCUUUGAACCUCGUCAUACAAGACACCCUGCGUAGUGUGAAUCUGGACAUGAAUCCCAAUGCCGAUUCCUCUGGCUUACGGCCACUGCCGCUUGGAAGGGUCGAGCAUAUUGAUCUGCUGAGAACAGAUGUGCAGAUGAGCACUGUGAAGAGCGUGAUGCAACUGAGCAAGAGGCUCAAGUACAUGGACGUAAGUUACUGCUGGCGAAUCAGUCAGCGUGAGUGGCUCGACUGCAAGAAGUUCAGACAAGUCAAAGUUGUCUGGGUGUAAUAAAAAGAGGGGAGGAUUUUAACACUAAGGCGCUUCUGAAAGGGAAUUGAAAUACACUUUUACAUGUUAAAUUGUAUAUUUAUCAUAGUCUCUUCCGAUAAUGUAUGUUUGUUUUUUGUAACAAACUGAUUUUUUUUAAUGCACUUUUAUGGAAAGCUGUAUUUUAAUAACCAAAUUAUAUUAACUUUUUAACGCUCUGAAUAUAAUUGUGACACAACUGAAAAACAAACAUGAAAAGUGUUUGAGAAUCAUAUGGAAAUCACCAUAUUGAUUUCUUUUUAUGAAACUAUGACAAUGAAGUCACAUUGGAUUGAAUGCAACAGUAAUUUGUUUUUGUGUUUCAUGUACAUUUUUAUUUGUAUUUUAGUUUUUAUUGAUAAAAACAAAUUUCCAGGAGUCCCUGGUUGUAGUACAUUGCAGUAACAAACAAAUAUGACACUAUGACUUAUUUAGAGACAAAAAACCCAGAACCUGAGAUUGGUAUAAUUGAAACCCUAAUGAGGUACAGCAUAUAUUUCUGUUGCACUGUUAUAAAUACAGGUUUAAUGAAAACUGGAGAUGUGGAGCAAGUAAAAUACUUUACCCCCACCCAAUUGUCCUGUCUAAAUAUUACUUUUGGGAAAGGAAAUCAAGCCUAAUAUUUUCCUUAUUAGGGAUUGUUCUAAUAUAAGUCCAAGUUAAAAUCUGCUUUUAACAAGACAAGUAUUAUCAAGUAUUACCAGUCAUUAUUUUUGCCCCAUUUAUCAUUUGGAAUUUGGUAACACAGGGUUAGUUUUAUACUGCAUCCAAAUUAAAGCCAUGUAUAUACAUGAAAACUCGAUAGAUUCAACAAUACAAUACAGUAACACUUAACAUUUCUAAGUUAAAAUGCACUGAACUCUCCGCUACAGUAUCUUUUUUCUUAACUGAAAUAUGUUCACCCAGAAGGACUUCCAGCAUGGCAGUGGCUUGUUUCUAAACAUACAUAUGAUUCAAUACAUAUAUCCUGAUAAAACAAAUUUUUAAACAAGAAAGAUUGUUGAAGUGAAAUGUUCCCUCUCUGUUUUGAUAUGACUUGUUAGUAAAUAGACUCCUAGUAUUUUUGAAUGUAAUUCUUAUUAAUUAUGUGCCUGUAUAGCAUGCAGAAAAAAAUAUUCCCAGCCUUGUAAAUUUAGUGCUAACUUUAAACCUGGUGAAAUGUAAUGACUAGUGUUCCAACUGCUUCACAUCCAUCCAUCCAUCCAUCCAUCCAUCCAUCCAUCCAUCCAUCCAUCCAUCCAUCCAUCCAUCCAUCCAUCCAUCCAUCCAUCCAUCCAUCCAUCCAUCCAUCCAUCCAUCCAUCCAUCCAUCCAUCCAUCCAUCCAUCCAUUCAUUCAUUCAUUCAUUCAUUGUCCCCCUUGUAUUUGAGAUCAGGUUGCAAAUAUUUUUCCUUGCAUUCUUCUGUGAGGGAUCCAAAGCAACUUUUAGGCAAAAAGGGAUAGUGUUCCUUCAUCGUGUUCUGGUACUACAAAUUCCACCAGCAGGGUGAAAUUAAGGCACAUUUGUUCUCCUAAAUGGGACGUUCACAAUUGUUUGUAACAUCUUUUCUGACACCCAAUGGUAAACAUGCAUGUAUACUCUUGUUGAAGGUUUUACAUUUAGGCGCAAUGUACUUCUCUAUAUAACUGCAUUUUUAAAACUUUAUUUUCAAUAAGUAGUGUUUCAGCUUUCCAACUUUGUAUGUUAGAUGAAGUCUCCAGCCCAUUUUUAAACAGAAAUGUAAUGUUAGAUAUGCCAAUUUGUGUCUUACAAAAAAUAAUAAUAAUAAAAACUUAAAAUGCAAUGCAACACAAUCAAAAUGAUAGUCAAAAGAGUUUGCACUUUUUAAUUUGAUCUGUCAUCAUUUUAAUAAAUACGUUUAAUUAUAAAAUGUAUUGAAAAAACGUAGACAUACAACAGAA